AUGGUUAGAGAAAUAUCUCCAGCAAAGGUGCAGGCGCCUCGACCUGAAGAGCCCAAGGAUCAAUAUCGACCCUCGCAAAGCAAUACAGCAAAUCAUCUAUCCAGUAUUCCUAGAUUUGGAGAAGCUACACUUCCACAGUCUCCAUUGAAUCGUAAAUCUCAGCAACAAUACUCCGAAUUAUUCAUUCAACCAAAAUCCCGUCCUGAAUUUCAUAAAGAUCCAGAAAGACAUGCACAUCCACAUUUGCAAGCAGCAAAAGAUGUUGCCCGAAAGAUUAUCAAUCCCCUUAUGCCACGAGCACCAGCGGAAUACAGUCAGCCAGCAGUUCGUGCACCGAUUCCUGGCUCCUCAUCAUAUGCAACAACUCAUCCUACACCUGCACCGACAUUCGGCUCCCUUCCAAACAACAAUGGGGGUGGUUUCCAAUCCGUAAAUACCUAUACAUCUAGCAAUUAUAUCGACCUCACUAUGGGCAAGCCAAAUUACAAUGAACCACACACCUAUGUUGAUCCUGCAAAGGCACAAGAAGAUCUAAAGGCACUCUUAGAAGGUGUCAUUGAGGACGAGGAAGAUUCAAAACCCAGAACAAGAUCACGCAGAAAGAAGAAGGAUGCGGAGGUAGACGAGUUGAUGGCAAAAAUGGAUGGAUUAAAUGUUGAACCAGAGGAGAAGCUCGAGGUUGCAUCAGAAGACGAGGAGGAGGAAGAUGAUGGAACUGUCGAAGGAAUCAACGUAAAACUUCUCCCGCAUCAGGUUGAAGGUUUGGAGUGGAUGAUUGGUCGAGAAAUCGGCACAGGAAAGAAAGGCAUGGUACCAAAAGGAGGCAUUCUUGCCGAUGAUAUGGGUUUGGGAAAGACACUACAAUCGAUCUCACUCAUUUUGAGCAAUCCCAAACCAUCAAGUUCAGACGAAACUCACAGUAAACGCAAAUUACCUUCAGGUCUGGACAAAUGUACUUUGGUUGUUGCACCUCUUGCACUUAUUCGACAAUGGGAAGCCGAAAUUAAAGACAAAGUUGAAGAGAGCCACUCUCUUCGUGUUUGUGUUCAUCAUGGCCCUCAACGUACGAAGCGAUUCCAAGAUCUCAGAAAAUUCGAUGUCGUUAUUACAACAUAUCAAAUCCUCGUUUCAGAAUGGGGUAAUUCGUCUAAGGAUGAUGAUGAUGAAGGUGUCAAGGUCGGCUGUUUUGGUAUACAUUGGUACAGAGUCAUUCUUGAUGAAGCCCAUACUAUCAAGAAUCGAAAUGCCAAAGCUACACAAGCCUGUUAUUCCCUUAGGAGUCAGUACCGCUGGUGCUUGACAGGAACACCAAUGCAAAACAAUUUGGAUGAAUUGCAAAGUCUGAUCAAAUUCUUGAGAAUCAAGCCAUACGACAAUCUUCGCGAAUGGAAAGACCAAAUUGAUCGACCAAUGAAGAAUGGUAGGGGUGAUGUUGCUAUUAAGCGUCUUCGUCACUACUUGCAAAUUUUCAUGAAACGACGUACCAAGGAUAUUCUAAAGAAGGAUGGAGCCCUCAACCCUGGAGGGAAGCCUUCUGCUCCUGGACAAGCCAAUUCAACAGGUUUCAAGGUCGUCGAGCGUAAAAUUGAGAAGGUCUUUGCGGAAUUCUCACCAGAGGAGCGUAGAUUUUAUGAAAGACUGGAAAGGCGUACCGAUGCAAGUAUUGAAGAGAUGAUGGGCGGAAGUAAAGUCAACUACGCAAGUGCAUUGGUAUUGCUAUUGCGUUUGAGACAAGCUUGUAAUCAUCCAAAACUUGUUGGAAAUAAACUGGGAAAAGAUACCGAUGCUCUCUCAGCAGAAACCAGCAACCCUAAAUCGAAAUCAACAACAGAUGUUGACGAGAUGGCAGAUAUGUUCGGUUCUUUGGGUGUAGGCUCAAAGAAAUGUGAGGUUUGCCAAAUUGAUCUUGGUAAAGAAGCUAUUUCACAAGGUGCCAUUCGCUGUUUGGAUUGUGAAGCAGAUUUGGAUGAGAUAUCCGGGAAGAAACUUAGUCCAAAAAAGAAGAUCAAGGAGAAGAAGAGUAAGAAGAGUAAGAAGAGCAAGAAGCAAAAGGAGUCUAAACCUAUUCCAAUUCGUAAACCCAGAAAUAGGAAUAUUAUCGAGGACAGUGAUGACGAAGAAGAAGAAGAAGAGCAAGGUGAAUGGCUUGUUGGAGAAAAGAAACGUGGUGCUCUUACUCUAGGAAAGGCUGGUGGAAGGGAAGACGAGAAUUGUGAAGGUGGUGGUGAAUGGCUUGAUUCAGAUCAUGAUGACGAUCUCGAUGAUUCUUUCCCGGACAUUCAAGAUAUUGGCAAGAAGAAGGUCGUCAAUCUUGACAGUGAUGAAGAAGAAGGCACCGAAGAAUCUGCGGAGGAGUCAGAAGAUGAUGAGUCCUCUGAAGAGGAUGAGGAGGAAUCCGAUGUUGAAGACGAAUUUGGUUCCGAUGAAGAUGCCGAGCUUUCUCGAAUUGCUGCAUCUACCAAGAUUACACAUCUAAUGAAGAUUCUCGGAAAAGAAGCCGCCCAGCACAAAUUCAUUGUCUUUUCGCAAUUCACAUCGAUGCUGGAUCUUGUUGAACCAUUCCUACGCCAAAAGGGUUACAAAUAUACAAGAUAUGAUGGUGGUAUGAAGAACGAUCUUCGUGAGGCUAGUUUGGACAGACUUCGUAACGACGAGAAUUGCAGAGUCUUACUUUGUAGUUUGAAGUGUGGCUCUCUAGGACUCAAUCUUACAGCCGCUACUCGUGUAGUUAUUCUUGAACCAUUCUGGAAUCCCUUCGUUGAAGAACAAGCCAUCGAUCGUGUACAUCGUCUCACGCAGAAAAUUGAUGUUAUUGUUUACAAGAUUACCAUCAAAGAUACAGUUGAAGAGCGAAUAUUACUUCUUCAAGAGAAAAAACGAGAACUUGCGAAUCAAACUAUUGAAGGUGGUAAAGGUGGUGCUGGUAAAUUGGGAAUGAAGGAGAUUCUUCAAUUAUUCAGAAGAGAUGCUGAGCAUGCUCCGCCUGCUGCUGGUUCAUAUGAUCUUGGUGCUAAGCCAAGAAUCUUGAAGGAAUCUGCCAGUAGAAGUCCAAGUAAAAGUGCAGCGACUUUGGAUAGUUAUGGUUCACAAAGUUCAUCGGCACCGAGGAAGAUUACACCAACUCCUUUUCAAGCUAAAAAGGUAGAAGACUCGUUGUAUGGUAGAAGGUGGUAA